UGACAGGGAGAUCUGACCAGUGUCUACUCUACUGUCUACCUACCAUCAGAAUAUCAGAUGUACUGUUUCUGUACAGGUACAAUGCUGACGGUGAGAUUACGAUCUGGUUUAUCGAGUAAGGUGCAAAAGUAGCAAAACUGACGAGAGAAGUCCGGAAGUAUGGCGAUCCCACGCCUUUUUGUAUGGCGACCGACCAAUGGCGCUACCAUUUAACCAACGGAAGAAAAUUAAUGUUAUUAACGUUACGAUGUAUUUUUGCCUGCGAUUCAGACUCUUUCGCCCUUUGGAUUUCUGUUUCACUUCAUUUGCACUUUGCGGACGUAGAAAAGAAGCCUGCUUCGCUUUAAGAAGGCUUUUAACUUGUUUAUUUAUUGUUUUUGUGAGAUCUUUACCUCUUGAAUUUUAUUCUUGAUCUCAGGAUUUUUUGUACAUUUUCAUUCUCGGAAUGUUUAAGGUGGAAUAUUAGAAAAUGUCUACUAUGCCUAAAUCCACAUACAAUUUCAUUCCUUCCGAGCUUCCGAGAGCCUUCCGGGAUCAACAGCUGCACUGGAAUUCCCCGGCCAAUUUCAUUUCUCCGCCCUAUUCGGAGCAGUAUCACUAUUCCAGUUUCCAGCAGUAUCCGGUUUACAGUUACUACCAUCACUCGUUCUCGGCGUGUGCCCUGCAGGAAUAUGUGAUGAGUUGUCCGCCGUCCCGUCGUCCGUCGCCGCCGCUCUUGGAGCACAAGGAAAUGGACGAGAAAUUCUACAGACUGCUGGACGAACUGUUCGCCCAUCCCGCGCCCUGUGUGGACCGGGACGAAAUCCGGCGACUGCGCAGCGAAGUGCUGACCUGCCUGAACAAUCUGGCCGUGUACUGGAUCGGCCGACAGGCGGAACGCCUCAGCCUGGAGCGUUCGCAGCUGGAGAAGACGGUGUUCGUCAAAGCCUUCGGCAGUCACGGUCUGGGUUUAACCACGUACAACAGCGAUCUGGACGCCGUGCUCGUCGCCCCGCGCUAUGUCACGCGCGAAGAGGUCUUUCGCGGGUUUGUGGAGCUGCUGCGGCAGCAGGAGAACGUCAAGGAAGUUUGUCCCGUGGAGAACACGUUUGUGCCUGUGAUUAAGUUCCUGUAUUACGGGAUUGAGGUGGAUUUGACGUUUGCGGCGCUGCGCACCACCAGUAUGCCGGAUGAUGCCAGUCUGCUGUCGGAUGAUAUCCUGCGCGAUAUGGACGAGAAGAGCGUCAAGAGUCUGAACGGCUGGCGAGUGUCGCGGUAUUUACUCAGUUAUGUUCCGGAUGUGAAGGUGUUCCGCGCGGUGCUGACGUUCGUCAAACACUGGGCCAUGCAGCGGCUGAUUUACUCCAACACGCUGGGAUAUUUGGGCGGCGUGUCCUGGGCGAUUCUGGUGGCGCAUAUUUGCCGGGUGAAUGCGGGGAUGUCCGUGCGGAAGCACGUCAAGUCUUUCUUCAAGGAAUUUUCCGAAUGGAACUGGCAGUCGCGGCCGGUCAAUAUUAAUCAGGCGGACAAUCCCUACAACCACAUCGAAGGCUUUGUCGGUCUCGAUGCCUACAUGAUGCCGAUAAUCACGCCAUGCAAGCCGUACCAGAAUUCCUCCUUCAACGUCACCCGCACGACAUUUCACAACAUCCGGCAGGAGAUGCGCUCGGCGCUGGCGGUGCUGCGCGCCGACAAUCACGUGUGGGCGGAUGUGUUGGCCACGCGCAAUCCGCUGGAUGAGUACGAGAUGUUCUUGACCGUGAUCAGUACCGCGAAGUGCGAGAGCAGUCUGCAUCGCUGGCGCGGGGUGGUGGAGUCCAAGCUGCGUCCCAUGCUGCCCAAUCUGGAGAAGGUGAACGGCAUGCAGCGCUGCCAGAUCUUUCCGCAGAUCUACAAGUUGUCGGACGGCGACUGGCAGGAUACCGUGCACUGUGCGUGGAUCAUCGGGAUUGACUAUGUGCAUCCGAACCAGAUGAAUGAGCUGUCGGCCGUGGUGCGGGAAUUUCGACAGAAUAUACAGUAUUACAAUCAUUUUAACGGCUCGGGAAGCGAUCAGAAUGUGACAGUAUUGCGGAAAACCAGUGCGAAACUCCGGGAAACGCUGACGGUGUAUGCGUCUUCGGAUCCAAAAAAGUGAAAGGGGCACUCUGGUCAGUUUUUUUAUAAAUUGGUCAUCUUGAGCUUUUUCGGCAUUUUUUGAUGUUUCUUCGUCUUUUUUAUCACAUUUUUAUAUCCGGGAUACGUUGGAGCUGCGUUUUCUCAAAAAUCCCCCACCAAUUGCACAAAAAACAUCCCAGCUAAAAAUAUAGUUUUUUGUUUAAAUUUUUAUGUAUAAAAAGGUUGCUUUUAUAUAAAACUUUCAUAAAGUUAUUCAUUGGAGUGUCCUUUUUUGUUCUAUAUAUCACGGAUCCGUUAAUGAUUUCUAACCGCAUUUUUGCAACACUCACUUGAUCGCUGCGAUCUGAAAGAUGCCGCCCACGUGGAAUCAAGAUUUUUUCGAUCUCAUUGUCGAUUAAUGCUCCUAAAUUAAGCGCACUGCUGUUUCCGUAUAAAAUGUGUAUGGUCAUGAUUAUGAAUGAUGCGCUAGCGAUUUUCUGUAUUUUUGCUCAUCUGUGUAGUUUGGCUUCUGCUCAUGUAAUUCCCGUAGUCAGGAAAACCGAAAAAUAAAAUUGUGCGUAAUGA